AUGACAGAGGAAGGUAACAUGUUCAUGGUCAACGAGGAUCAGUUUCCUCAUGUCAUUCUUCGUGAAGAGGCUGCUGAUCUAUCAGCACUCAAGACUAUUGACUCCCAACAAGCAUUCUUAGAACAGCGGGGCGAUCCUGUGUUUGUGGCAUCUCCCAUUGCCUGUCGAUUGGAGUGGCAAAGAUCCUCCUCAGAAGAGAAGCCCGCCGGUGAGACUGAAGUAAACAAAGAAGAUGUGACUGGGAAUGUCUUCAUCUCUUCCUCGCAAAUCUUAUUUGCGUGUGAAGACGCGUCGAAUGAUGUUGCAAUUGGAGCUACUUGCAUACUGAUGCACGCCAUGACUGAGGAACCAGAACUAUCGAUAUACUUGCAGCUUCAAGAAGAUGGAUGCGAGACUCUUGAAGCAACAUUCACUCCGUUGGACUCAAAUAUGUGUCAAGAUUUCUUCAAUGCGCUUUGCAAACUGGUGUCUCUGCACCCAUGUGAUGGUGACGAUGAUGAAGGGGACGAGAUGUUUGGGCAAGAAGACAUGAUUUGGGCACCAGCCUCCAGAGGGUUUGGAACUGACGCUUUUGAAGACGAAGAGAGAGGAGCAACAGAUGAUGAGCGUCAAGCGAUGUUAGAUCGUCUGGAUAGCAUACUCGUCGUUCAGCCAGAAUAUGAAAUUCAAGAGGGUCAAUUUGAUGAUCCUAUACUAGAUGGUCAAUUUGAAGAUGCGGAAGAGAGCGGAGAUCAAUAG